AUGUCGACGUCCGUGUUGGAGAAAUGCAGAUACUGCAUCGCGACACUGAAAACCGUUGUCACUACUCCUGCUGAGCCAAAUCACCAGAAUGGACGAAUUCGCGACCAGGUUAAUGACCAACUGGAGCGGUUCAGUCUCUGGACAGGAAACAUCGGAGCUCUUCAUCGACCGGACUCUCCUAUGUCUCUUGAGACGCGCCUGUCCGAGGCAGGCGAUGUUCUGAGCUAUGUCUUGAAUUUAUUGGAUGACCUCAGUGAGGUUACUGGCGAGCUCUUACAGAUUGUGGCUAUGGAGCGAGAACAAACAGUUGCUCCUAUCUCAAAUGAUGAUUGUGAUUUCAGCAAUGAUGAUGUCGAGCAGAACAAGGAAGAAGACCUGAAUGAAGAAAAUGAACUCCUCAAAGAGAUCAAUGCAUGCAUUACGCGACUUUUUCGAGUCUCCAGCCUCGUCCACCAGGCUAAUCCGACUGAUCGCUUUGCAAAAGCCCUCAGUCGAAACCGAUAUCGAUUCAAUGAUCAAUUCGACAUAGCUCACGUAGCUGCGAAAUUCCCAAAGCUUGCCACCGAAGAGUUCACAUGGCUACGUAGGCGACUCGGCCGUGCCAUUACCCACCGGCGGCAUUACCUAUGCUACAUCCAAGAUCACCGUGAACAGUUAGAUAACCCACUCAGUCGAGAAGAGCUUGACCGCGGCCCAGCUCCAGAACCCCAAGGUUACACAAACAAGCAGCUCCAUGAUGGGAAGCUACCCCUCGACUGCUCAAGUCGACCGUCGACUUUCGUGACGAAGGCUUCAACCUUGGCUCCUGGUCGUAUCACACCCCAAAUGCUCACCGCAGAACAGGAGUCAGACUCCGAGGAGGACACAAGAUCUUACACUACAAUAUCACGUUCGGUUGAUGGUGGUGACCUUGAAUCAUCGACAUUAGCGAGAAUCCCAAAGCUUGAGGAUUUAAAAAUAAAGGGCCAAGAAGAGUUCGAAUGUCCCUUCUGUUUCCGAAUGAAGAAAUUUAAGAAUGAGCGUGUAUGGAGGCGACAUGUCUUUGCUGAUCUCCGUCCAUACGUGUGUACAUUUCCCAAAUGCGAUGCUCCAUACUAUGGUGACAUCAACCAAUGGUUCCAACACGAAAUGCAAAACCAUCGUGUCAGUUACACCUGUCGGAUAUGCAACAGCAAGACAUUCUACCUCAAAAAACGAUAUCUCGCCCACAUACAACAACAUCAUCCAGAUUUUCUAGAAGACGGGGACGAGCAGGUUGUUCUCGAAAUCAGUCGGAAGCCUCUCGAUCAGAUACCUGCUCAGGAUUGUCCUUGCUGCUCCAGUUGGAUUGACCGCUUGAAGGAGCACACCGAGGGGCUUGGAUUGCCUACUUCCACCCCUGAUAAUGUCCUAACUGUGAUUCUAAUGGUCUUCAAACGCCAUCUUGCCUCCCAUCUAGAGCAACUUGCGCUUUUCGCUAUUCCUAUCGGUUCUUCCGCGGAAGGUGAGGUCGAUUCGAAUGUCGCUAUUGAAGUGGAUACUUCGAACUUCACUGUUGAAGUGGAUGAACAGCUUGACGAAGAAGAACCUGAAACAGCGGAGGACUUCAAAAAUAAUCUGAACAGAACAAUCAAUAAUGACGGCCUUGGGAGAUUUUUCCCCCCUGGAGAUACAUACGUCAAUGAAGUAGCCGAAAAAGCCGCUGCUCUUAGGAAUGAUCCGAACAAUAGGUUAAACUCACCCAGCCAAAUACAGGGUCUCACUACUGUGGCUCUUUACAAAACCAUUCUCUAUUGUGAUGACAGUCAGUCCAUGAGGGAAGAAGACCGCUGGCGCAAGCAAGCGGAACUCGCCAAACUCAUCACCGAUAUUGCAACGCGGGCGGACCCAAACAACAGAGGUGUUUAUUUUCACUUGAUGAAUACAAACCUAUCUAACGCCGACAAUCUCGACGGAAAUGCGAUAUUGCGGACACUCGACUUUGAUCCAGAUGGGUGGACACCACUUGGGACAAAUCUCAGGAAUUGA